UGGAGCAGCAAGUUGGCGAACUACGCAGCAUCAUGGGCUCAGAGAUGUUCGUUCGAACACGGCCAGCCAGCAGAAGCCAAAAAUGAUGGCUACAUUGGACAAAACCUGUACGUGUCAUCAUCACCAAAUGUUAAUUUCGAAUCCGCCAUUCAGAGCUGGUAUGACGAGAAACCUUACUACAACUACAGCAGUAACACUUGCCGGUCCAAUAAAAUGUGUGGCCACUACACACAGAUAGUUUGGGCGACGACCACUGAAGUAGGUUGCGCAGUUCAGGUGUGCAACAAUGGCAUUUCAAUUGCUGGCUACUCCAGUGGACACAUCAUUGUCUGCAACUAUUUACCGCCGUGA